CGAAAUCAAUAUGGCGUCAGUCAACGUCAAGUGACGAGUGCGGUGUUAUAGUUAGUGGCGUUUUUAAAUAAAUUUUCCAGAACUAUGUCUGGUUUUACGGAAAACGCGUUAAUUCGGAAACUCCAAGAACUGAAUUCUAGCCAGCAAAGUAUUCAAACACUGUCCCUGUGGUUGAUCCAUCACAGAAAACACCAUGCUGUUAUUGUGAAAACCUGGUUCAAAGAAAUAUUAAAAGCUAAAGACAGCAAGCAACUUACAUUUAUGUAUCUUGCUAAUGAUGUGAUUCAAAAUAGCAAAAAGAAAGGUCCGGAAUAUGGCAAGGAGUUUGGGGAAGUGCUGGUGGAAUCUUUCAAACACAUGGCUAAGACUGGUAUAAACACAAAGACUAAACACUCAUUGCACAGAAUACUCAGCAUUUGGGAGGAGAGAGGAGUUUAUGACUCGCAGAAGAUACAAGAGUUCAAAGAGGCUGUUGAUCCUAAUGAUGCAUUACCUAAGAAAGUAAGCAAACGCAAGUCAGUGGAUGUAGAGGCUGUCAAGACACCGGAGAAGAAGGCGAAAAUAGAGGGACGCUCGAAGCAUGAGCGUCGUCGCAGUGAGACCAAGGAGGUGGACGGACAUCUAGAGACACACACCACUCUCAGCCCCAAGACCCCACCUGGAGACCCUCCAGAGCCAGAGGAACUCAUCAAGGCGCUGUUGGAGUUGGAGGCCAGUGCGUCUAGCGACGAAGCAGUCAGGGAGAGGAUCGCGUCACUUCCCCCAGAAGUGUCGGAAGUGCAAUUAUUGUCUAAGUUAGAAGAUAAGGAGUCUGCUCAAAGCCUAAGUGCCGUGGUGAACUCAGCCGCGGAGUUGUUGGCAGAGUACAACCUGAGGCUCAGCGAGGAGAUGGAGAAGCGACGCAAAAUGGCCGCCAUGCUGCGGGACUUCGCGCAGGCACAGCGGGACCUCGCCAAGCAGGCUGAGGCUAGAUUAGAGGAAUACAACAUCAAACUACAAAAGAUAUACGCAGUAAAAGCUGAAGUAAAGUCUCACAUAGAGAACCUGCCGGACGUGUCCCGCCUGCCCGAUGUGACGGGCGGGCUGGCCCCGCUACCCUCGGCCGGGGACCUGUUCAGUCUCUGAGGACUACUCCCCACCACACGACACAGACGACGUAAACUACACUCAAUCUGCCCCAUUAAUUAAUUAAUUUUAACAUUAAUUUAAUUCUGUUUAGUAGCCAACUAAAGUGCCUUUUACAUUUACCUUGUGUAGAGGCUGUAUUUUAUAGGGUCAGUGUAUCAGGUAUGCUGAAAAUUCGCUAUUGAACAUCAAAUAAAUGUCAAUCUGACUUACUUAAUUGAUUCUAAUAUUGUCAAACAUUGUCGCCAUUCUCACAAAAAUGGAAUUUAUUUACAGUUAAGCUUUCGUGCUUCGUCAUCGGUAAUGUAAUUAAAAAUAUCAUGUACAGAUGACCACAUAUCGAUCUAUAAAACCAAUUUAUCAUGGUCUCGCUUUGUAUGAUCUUUCCGCACAUUUAAUGGUCAGUUUAUAAUGGUUUUGCUUAGUUUGAUGUGUAGUCUUGUGUAAUAUACAUUGCUCCUUUAAAAUGCGGUUAAAAAUGCACACAAAUAGUCGGUAAAUUAGUUUCAUUUUUGUCUGUCAGUCGCACUCAGAGUCAUUAAAAGAUAACCUAACCGAUUCCUUAGUAACGAUUUUGUUCGGAAAACAAUUGCUAAGGACUGGGUUAAGUAUUCAUUAGAUGUCUCUGAGUACGGCGGCUAGGUAUACGUUAUUUUGUUCCUGGAAAGUUAUUUCAUUUUCAUUCUGUCAAGUUACCAAAAUAUCUGUCACCGUCUUUACUUAUACAAUAGUAUAAACGACUUCUUUCUCCUGUACCCUUAGUACGAGUUUACUUUACGUUUAAAGUAAACGAAAUGAGAGCGCAUUCGGCACUCUGAUUGGUUGGUUUAUUUGAACCAGCCAAUCAGUAAAGCAAACUCGUACUAAGGCUACCGAGUUAAUUGUUUUUUUUUUUUUUGAAAAUGCUAAUUUUGUAAGUGAACUGUGUGUUGUGUGAAAAUUUGUUACUGGGUUGGUCGCUAAAAUCAUUACGACAGAAUUCUUCAAGUUCUUUAUUAAUAUAUUUUCAAUCUUAUACCCUUGUAAAUAAGGUUGAAAAUCUAUUAACAGCGUUUUCAAGUGACAAAUUUUGUCGAUAUUAUUGAUUCUGAAGAGGUAAUAAUGUUGGUCAACAAUAAUGUGUUUGUGGUCAACAAAUAACUGUACAGGUAGAUAAAAUAAUUAAAUAAACAGUAGCGCGAAAUAUUAUUCUAUUUGUUGAAACCAAACGCAUUUUUCUUUUGACCAACACAUGCAUGUAACUUGCUGUAUAAAAUUCUUAAUAUUAUAUCCGUGCUGCUAUUUAAAAAAAUAUUUGUUUAAAGGCAAAAUUAAAUAUCGAUUCUUCAUUAUCAUGCUUGUCCAUUAAUAUGUUAAACAUAAUUCCAAGUAUUAUUACAGAAAUAAUUGAAUUGCACGCAAAAUGUAUUUGGAGUCACAAUGCACGCGUAAUUCUUUUGUGUGGAAUAUGCACAUGGUUUUCUAUGUCUGAACGAAAACCAACCUUAUUGCUACGACAUAAGACUAUAGAUGGGAAUGUUUUAUUGUUAUUCAUGAUGCUGUUGAAUAUUGGUUUAAAAUUAAGUAGGUACUUGUAUUAAAAUAUAGGCGUCCAUUGGGCUAAUUUUGCAGCAAGGUAAUAAAGCGAAAAUAACAAAAAUCACGGUUUACUCAUGUAAAUAAAUGGAGAAAAGCUCUACUAGUUCCUAGCGUCUACAACUGCGCACGCUGCUCAUAAUGAAGAGUCCCUCUGUGACUCGAAACGAGUAGAGCUUUCCUCCCCUUUCUUAAUUAACGUGAGAAAACCGUGAUUUUGUAGUAAAUUCAGUAUGUCUUACGACAUUUAUUAUAAAUAUGAUGAUAAAUCGAUUUAGCUCUAAUAUUGCUGUAAUCGAUAUUAUUAAUAAUAUCGGUUCGGGUUUACCCAUUACUGGGUAGAGGCCUCCCCCUAUUUCUGUCAUACUUCUUGGCUUUUUGCAUCCCUCAUCCAUCUGUUUUUUGAUGUUAUCGUUGACCUAACGCGUUUUUAGAUGACCUUGGUUCAAAAUAAUAUAAUUUUGCAGCCAAGUUUCCUACAAAGUGGCGCCACUGUCGAGUAUGAUCCUGUAAGUCCAAUAAUAGCUCUCAAAAGUAACUUAAACUAUUGGUGACUUAUAUCUUACUCUACAUUAGCGCCCCCUAGCGACAAAUUAAGGCAUAAAACGCAUUAUAUAAAUACGUUUUACGCCCUUGACUUUGCGAGAAAACUGCAAAGCAGUACUUUGCUUACUACAGCAAGCCUUUGUAUAAUCACAAAUAUAUUUUAUCCCAAUUUUAUGUAUUUAUAGCUAAUUACCUUCUGCCAUCUUCUUUAUAACUCUUGUAUCCAGCGCUGGAUCGCAAUAUGAUCCUUUUUAGAUAGUAAUCAAGUGUAAAAUUCCCGAAGUAAGGUAAUAGGCUCACCCCCUAUUAUAGGACUGACAACGUAAAAGGCGAAAAGUUUAUGUACCGUAAAACGGGGUGAAUAGGGAUCGAGAGAUGAAUAGGUAUAGGGAAAUUCUUCAUAGUAUAUAUUCACCCCUCUUCUGUCCCUAUUCAUCCCAUUUUACUGUAAUAUGCCACCCGUCUCCGGGCUGUUAAUAAUAGUAGUAAUGAUUGACUAUUAUUUUAAUGUAAUCAUACAACUAUGUACACGAUUGCAACCCGUACGAAAUAACUGUGUAACUCGCGCUGUGACUUCAUUGGGAUGCUUUUUUUUUUUGAGGGGGGAAAUCAUCCAAUGACUUCUCCCGCCUUGGGCGAGGCGAGAGGGAGUGUCAGACUCUUACUAAUUAAAAACCACCCCGUUUCUACUCCUGCUUUUCGAGCCGGAAUCCCGGUAAAAGCUAGUCCGCAGCUCCGGAUCAGGCAUCUGCCCUACUAGGCCCCAUCUGUGGUGGUCUGAUGGCUCUUUGAGGCGCGCGCACGGGAUCAUUGGGAUGCUGUGGUUAGACUAUUGAGCGUUUGCAGAGUGCACAGUUGAUUCGUACGAGUUAUAUAGUUAUCAUUAAAUUGAUAAUAAACUUAUAGCAAUAAUUAUCUUGCUCAGAGACACGAUGCGUGUUGAAAAUUGUAAGCUGGAAUAACAUGCUUUGUUAUAAGUUCAAUGACUAGUCAAAUGAUAUAAAAAUACUAUAAUGAGUGGGACAUUAUUAUAAAUAUGAUUAAGAAAUUGUUUCAGCCGUCUUUCUACACUAUUUUUGACGAAAUGAAUAUACCAAUAUUUUAUUUAAAUUGUUUUAAAGGUAAAAUGGUGUAAAAACUACUGUUUUAUGGUAAGCGUCCACAAGCCCGCAUCGUACGCAUCCGUAUGACGUCAUCAGUACGCAUCGCAUGUAAGCAUUGCUGAUGAUGCGGAUCAGUGGACGCAGUUGUAUGAGUUUCUAUGAGUGCGUGUGAUGCGUACGAUGCGGGCCUGUGGAUGCGUACAUUUAACUACCGUAUAUUAACUAAAAGAACAUAAUUAGUAACUAAUGUAAAGAUAUUUUUGUAUACACUAUAAUAGAAUUUAAUAACUUACCUAUGUAUUUUUCACUUCUAGAAAUGGUACUUGUAUUGUCUAGAAAUGGCUAAAUACAUUUUUUAUAUUUAAUAAAAUUAUAUUCAGCAGCACAUUAGUCUAAUAUUGAUUAUGAUCCUUAUAUUGUUAGCAGUAAAGUUUGUUUUAGCAUUGACAAAUUGUUGUUCUUAAAAGAAAGAUGUUAUUGCGUUGUAGUAUUGUAACUUAAAUUCUUUUGACUAGUUAUUGAAAAUUAAUCGUUAUUUGAAAUUCAUUUUCAAACUGGAACGUGUCGCGACCUAACGCGUAAAACAAAAUGGGCCAAUCACAUUACGGCAGCUUAUAAAGUAACAAAUCAGCGUACGUUACGUUUAGUUAGUUCGUGUUGCGUCCCAAUAGUAUUUCGGACAUCAUUUUAAUUGACUUCGGUUAAUAAAAUUCAUUGAAGAAUGUGAUUACUUUGUAUCCUAGGUUUGAUCACGUUUGUAAACCAAAUAAUAGCGUAAUUUGGUGUGAUUAGUUAAUUUAUUUAGCUCCACGAAUCCACUAUGUAUAGUUAGACAUUAUAGACUUAAAUGAAUUAUAGAAUUUGUUAUAUUAACAA